AUGUACCUCCGGCCCACAGCACCACCCCCUCCACUUGAACAGCCGGUCAGUACCCCAAGCGGCACCACCACUCCCAUCAUCAGUGCUGACACAGGAACCCACUGCAAAAGCCGGCCCCUAGACCUGGUGUUCAUUAUCGACAGUUCACGUAGUGUGCGCCCCACAGAAUUUGAGAAGGUCAAAAUCUUCCUGGCUGACAUGGUCGACACCCUCGACGUUGGCUCGGAUGCCACGCGGGUGGCCGUCGUGAACUACGCUAGCACGGUGAAGAUCGAAUUCCUUCUCAAGACGCACUUCGACAAGGCAGGCCUGAAGGUAGCGCUGGCCCGCAUCAAAUCUCUAGCUGCUGGUACAAUGACUGGCCUGGCUAUCAAGACGGCCAUGGAGGAGACCUUCACUGAGGAGUCAGGCUCCCGGCUAGCUAACAAGAACAUUGCCAAGGUGGCCAUCAUCGUAACCGAUGGACGUCCCCAGGACACGGUGGAGGAGGUGGCCGCGGCAGCGAGGGUGGCAGGCAUCGAGAUCUACGCAGUGGGGGUGGACAGGGCGGACACGAAGUCCCUGCGUCUCAUGGCCAGUCUGCCCCUGGAUGAACACGUGUUCUACGUGGAGACCUACGGCGUCAUUGAGAAGCUCACGUCCAAGUUCAGGGAAACCCUGUGUGAGGAUGCGAACAAGAUGAGUGGGAAUAAGCUGAGUGAAAACGUGUGCAUGUGUGAGGCUCAGAUUGCCUUCCAGAUGAAGAUGCAGUUCACCAUACAGGAGCUGACCAGCAAACUAGAUGAUCUGUCGAGGAAAGUGAAACAGUUUGGACAAAUGUGUUGA